GCGGGUUUUAAAUUGUAGGGACCCCGGGUUUGGUUGCAAGAGCAUUGUUGUAGUUAGCCCCUUAGCUAAUUUCAUCCGGGCAGCUUCCUCCUCGCUAUUAAAAGUGCGCUUAGAACAACAUCUUAAUUUUAAGGCCAACGUGUCGUGUUUCAGUAACACCAACAAAGUACUCGUAUGAAGUUGCUUACCGUUGAACUUUGACUCCAGACUAGCCACUCAACUAACGUUCGCUUCACUACUAGCAAGUUAAGCUAGCAAAUGUGUUUGUCUAUGCACCCCAGUGUAGCUAGCUAGCUAACUAAAGUGCCUAAAUUCGCAGGAAUGAACCAUAAAAGUAAGAAGAGGAUCAAAGAGGCGAAGCGGAGCGCCAGACCUGAGCUGAAGGACUCUUCAGACUGGACGAAACAUGAUUAUUGCGAGACUUUCGAUGUGUCACACCGCUCAGUGAAGGACAAUGUUGAGCGUGUGGACACCCUGCGUCUCAGCGCAGAGGAGUUCAUCCAGCGCUUCGAGAGGCCCUACAAACCUGUGGUGCUGCUCAACUGUCAGGACACCUGGCCCGCACGUGAGAAGUGGACCAUGGAGCGCCUCAAACGUAAGUACCGCAACCAGAAGUUCAAGUGUGGUGAGGACAAUGACGGUUACUCUGUGAAGAUGAAGAUGAAGUACUACGUGGAGUACCUGGAGUCCACACAGGACGACAGCCCACUCUAUAUUUUCGACAGCAGCUACGGCGAGCACGCCAAGCGCCGUAAGCUGCUGGAGGACUACCAGGUGCCAGUUUACUUUAGGGACGACCUCUUCCAGUUCGCCGGGGAGAAGCGCCGGCCUCCUUACAGAUGGUUUGUAAUGGGUCCUGCCCGCUCUGGCACUGGUAUCCACAUUGACCCGCUGGGUACGAGUGCCUGGAAUGCCCUGGUGCAGGGGCACAAGCGCUGGUGCUUGUUCCCCACCCACACGCCACGGGAGCUGAUCAAGGUGACCCGGGAUGACGGGGGCAACCAGCAGGAUGAGGCCAUCACCUGGUUUAACGUGGUGUACCCACGCACCCAGCAGCCAACCUGGCCUGCUGAGUUCAGACCCCUGGAGAUUCUGCAGGGACCAGGGGAGACAGUGUUUGUCCCUGGAGGCUGGUGGCAUGUGGUUCUCAACAUUGACACCACCAUCGCUAUCACUCAGAACUUUGCCAGCACCACCAACUUCCCCAUCGUGUGGCAUAAAACUGUGCGGGGCCGGCCCAAACUAUCAAGGAAGUGGUAUCGUAUCCUGAAGCAGGAGAGGCCAGACAUGGCUACCCUGGCAGACAAAGUGGACCUCCAGGAAUCAACUGGCAUCGCCUCGGACAGCUCCAGUGACUCUUCCUCCUCCUCUUCCUCCAGCUCCUCUGACUCAGACUCAGAGGCUGAGUCGGGCUCGGAGGGGGACGCCAUGUCUCACAGGCGGAAGAAGAGGAAGACGUGCGGUAUGAUAUCCAACGGAGACAGCAGCACCAAGGAUGACUGUGUCAGCAAAGAGCGCAGCUCCUCCCGGUGACCCCCUCGCUCCGCCCAGCCUCGCCAAAAGGCCACACCCAGGGGGACUCUCGCAUGAAGAGCGGCCAAUUUGUUUGUUUUCAUUUGUGUGUCUCCAAAGGAGAGUCUGGUGGCCCUCUGUCAGUCUGUUGGAUAGAUAAGAGGGUCAGCCUAACCCUAGGCUGUGAUAAAGGAGAUUCCCCCUGAGGUGCGGACCUCUUGGAGAUUUAUCUGCCACCGCUCAGCUUCUAGUCAAACAUCAAUCUAUAUUGCUGUUGCUUGUGGGGUGUGGGAAGAGCAGUAUUUCAGUGCGAGGGAGGGGUGUUGACCUUUGGAGAGAGGUGGGCUGUUGCCUUGUUGUACACCAGGUACUGAGUCUGAGGCAGGGAGCCUAUCAGGCUGGCCUGUCUCCUCUACAGUGCCAUGGUCUUAUGUUGCUCAGUGGGGAAAAGUUUUCUAUUCACAGUGAGAUGAUGGAUGGAUGGAUAGAUAGAUAGGUGUGCUUUGGAUUGACUUUACUUUGCAGUAUAUGGGAUGCCAGUUGAGUUUUAUCAUGGCAGAGUUAACCAUCUUUAGAUAUUAAAGGGUACUGUGAGUUUUGUAAGUUGAUACUGAAUGACAGGGUAAGGGUGGAGGGAGAUGCUGCCUUCGUAGACUGCAAAAAAGCCACUGAUUUAUAUUUUUUAUUUAACAUUUCUGCUUUCAUCCUCUGGGCUUCUUUUGCUAGUAACAGUUGAACUGGUAUGCGUAUGUCCUGCAAUCAAUACAGUUAAUUCAGUUUCAGUUAAUUCAGUUUUUGCAAAUCAACAGUCCACAAUCCAGUCAAUACCAUUUAACAGAUCUAGAAAGCAAUGAAAAGAUUGCAUAGUGGCAUUUCUCUUUCAUAUCAUAUUUAUCUGCUGUUGGCAUCUGUAAUGCACACGUGUCUAGUGAAACAACAGCUUUUUCAAGACUUAGCCCAAGUCAUCCAGUAAUAACUGUAAAGGCCAGGGGACCCCCCCCCCCCCCCCCCCCCCUGACUUAGAUUUAGCCGGUUCAGCUUGACAUUCAAAAGCUUGACCUUUUAGGAGGAAAUUGCUUAUACUACACUCCCUUAGCUCCAGGCUGGGUAAGAUGAAUCACUCUCAGGUGCCACAAAUGAAUGUUGGGCUAUCAACAACAAAAUUCCACCCAAGAAACAACAACAAUAUUGCCUGGUUAUGUAAUGUUUCUAUGACUUCAAUUAUUAUUAUAUAAUUUUUUUAAAUUUAACCUUUAUUUAGCUAGUUAAAUCAGUUAAAAACAAAUUCUUAUUUACAAUGACAGCCUACCCUGGCCAAACACGGACGACGCUGGGCCAAUUGUGCGCCGCCCUAUGGGACUCCCAAUCAUGGCCAGAUGUGAUACAGCUUGGAUACGAACCAGGGACUGUAGUGAUGCCUCUUGCACUGAGAUGCAGUGCCUUAGACCGCUGCACCACUUGGGAUUAAUUUAAUUACGUAUGGGUAACUCACACAAUUUUCAAAAUGGUAUGAUAACAAUUGUUAUUGUUCCUCGUGUAAAAGUGUGCCCUUUGCUGCUAUAUUAAUUAACAUUUUAAGAUGAAUGAAAUCAAACUAUUCAAUUUAUUUGACAUUACACAGCUAUACUGUAGAUCAGGGGUGUCCAUUUUUUGUAAUUUUUCCCCCUAAUUUUUCCGGUGAACGAUCUCAAUUGACAUGCCUAAAACCAAAUCAAAACUGUGUAGAAAUUAUAGUGGGCAUCAUUUUAUAGUCUCUAAACUCUGUCCAGCUUGUUAACAGUCAUCGAAAUGAAAGCUAGACAGUCGGGGAGCAUAGAACAUUUGAUGGAUAGAGAACUAUUUUUUGCCAAUUUUGACAGCAAGGAAUAUAACCAAUAGAAGUGGACCUCAGUGAAGACAGAAUGUGGCCCUUUGGGGAAAAAUGAGUGUAACGCCCCUGUUGUAGAUGCUGGUUUCCCAGACCCAGAUCAUGCCUAUUCCUGGUCCAAAAAGCACUUUCAAAGAAGUCUCUAUCACGGUUGCCUUUUAGUCCAAGAUUAGAAUGAACCUCUUUCCACGAAAGGAGCCCUAGGUGUUUGAUCUUGUGUUCUCAUUCUGAGACCCCAUUUUAUAUUCUCCAUCACAUACAGAAGGGGGCACCAAUGCCAGAGUUCUCACACUAGCUUGGCACUAGUGUGUAGGUUACAGUCCAGAAGAUACAGUUGUGUUGAAAGUAGAAAUGAGGGCUGGCACAGGGAAAAGUUUAAACAUAUUGUAGGCCUUGUAGUGGCACAUCUUGAUCUUAUUUCUCUGUGUAGUACAGCUAAGGGGGUUUGUGAAAUGUUGCAAAUACAUUUUAUGUGAGGGGAUAGGUAGAUAUUUUGGACAGACUAAAUUCAUGGUUCUUUCCACGUGGCUUCUAGGUUAUGUGGCAUAUGCUGCUCUACAAUGAUUCAACUGCUUUGUAUUUCGUUAGUGUAAAUUCAAACAAAAGCAACUAGCUAAUACAUUACUGUAAUUCAGCAAAUACAAGUUAAUGGCUUGAAUGCAGAUUCUGCGUGUAUAACUUUGUUCUGUGGGGUUAACAUGGAGUCAAGUGAAUACUGUUUUUUUGUGCUUUAAACAUGUGGCUUUGUCAUCUAAAAUGAUUGAAAGUACUUUGAAAUAUGUGAAUUGCUGUAUGUCUGUGCAGUAGGUGUUUUCCACUGUCUUUAGACAAAAGUGCCUAUAAGCACCAAUUAAUACUGUCAUUGGCCUGCAGAUGAGAGGUUGUGUUGCUACUUGUGGUCAAUGAGUCUGGUGUUUGCGCUGUUUUUAACCCAUUAGGUGCUCACCUCAUGUCAAGCAUUUAGCACUAUUACGAUCCCUGGGGUCGGUCACAUAGUGCCUUGGAUCCGAUGGGGGAAUGGUGUGAACCAGGAGCCUACGUGGGUACAUCUCAGUGGUCUAAUGUGGCUUCCUUUGGUCAACCUCUUCCCUUCAGCCGCACUGAUCCAAAUCUGCAGGACUGGAAAAAGGAAGCCCUCUAUUAGGGUUCCGUCAUAUUGCUUUCACCUAUCCUGUCUGUCCAGAUCAGGGCUUUCACCUAUCCUGUCUGUCCAGAUCAGGGCUUUCACCUAUCCCGUCGGUCCAGAUCAGGGCUUUCACCUAUCCCGUCGGUCCAGAUCAGGGCUUUCACCUAUCCCGUCGGUCCAGAUCAGGGCUUUCACCUAUCCCGUCGGUCCAGAUCAGGGCUUUCACCUAUCCCGUCGGUCCAGAUCAGGGCUUUCACCUAUCCCGUCGGUCCAGAUCAGGGCUUUCACCUAUCCCGUCGGUCCAGAUCAGGGCUUUCACCUAUCCCGUCGGUCCAGAUCAGGGCUUUUACCUAUCCUGUCGGUCCAGAUCAGGGCAGAUAAAGGAGAAUGAUGAGAAGAAGCCAUUUUAAGAUAUUUAGAUGUACACCCAGACAUACCUUGACGCUAACCAGAUCAAAGUUAAUAAAUUAUUGAUGGGUUAAUAAAUUCUUUUUUCAUGCAGCAACGUGCUAGUAUGUUUCAUUCUACAUAUCCAUAGUUUCAUCCCAAUUUAUCAGAAUCCCUUUACAGAUUGUUUAUAGAUUUCCAACUAAAUCAAUAAAUUGUUCAACUAACUAUCCAAAACCAUUGGCCUGCCCUUACCAUAACCCCAUAUCAGUGGUGUUGCAGUUGUUAGUUUAAUAGUUUUAGUAUCUGUAAGAUUACUAAACUGGUACCUGUGAUGGUAGUUGCCAAAGCAAACUCUAGUGAAUCAUAAAUACUGAGGAAGCAGUACGUCACUAGUAUGGCUGGCUGGAAUCUGCCUGUGAUAGUGUCAAAUUGGGCAGGGCAUUUGGGAAUGGGAUAUUCAGUGAUCUGAGUACACACAAACAGUUUGUUUUCAUGGACAUUGUGAACAUCGUAAGGGUAAUACAGUGCCUUCAGAAAGUAUUCACACCCCUUGACUUUUUCCACAUUUUGUUGUGUUACAGCCUGAAUUUAAAAUGGAUUACAUUUACAUGUGUUUGUGACUGGCCUACACACAAUACCCUGUAAUGUCAAAGUGGAAUUAUGUUUUCAAAAUCUCUACAAAUUAAUUAAAAAAAUGGAAAGCUGAAAUAUCUUGUCAAUAAAUAUUCAGCCCCUUUUAUUAUGGCAACCCUUAAUCCUUAUUAAAAUCUAUUAGGUUAAGCUAGAGAUAUGUUUUUUGCAUGGGCUGCAUCUCAGUCCACUGCAUCCGCCUAUGUGGCCUUUCCACAUCUGCGUUUGAAAGUGUUAAAGCUACAGCGCAGUUCAUCAGACCAGAAAACGUCUGUAGCAUCUGAAUGGUUUGGCCUACAACCAAUGUUCCCUCUAAUUGUUUUUGGCACUGAGCAAAUUUCAGGUCUGCUGAGUGCAAACUUGAACAUUGUGAAAGUUCUGUGUAAACUUCCGGUGCACGUUUACUGUGAACACUGAGUCUGUACCCACUUUAAGUUAGUUUUAACAGUAAUCAAGUAGGCUACUGUGGCUAUUUGAUCAUAAUGUAGGCCUACCAGAGUGGCCUAUCAUCAGAAACAAUGGAGAAAAUGCAUCCCGUAACAUUUGAACAUGGAAAUAGCUAUCAUUCAGGCUACAGUAGCAGCCAAUGUGUGGUGUUCAUUGUAGGCCUAUAUUCCAUGAGACUUGGAAAAAAAACAUGCAGGGCUUGACAUGAAUCUGUUUAAUGUCCUUCAGACAAGGAGGUGACUGAAAAUGUUGUGUUUGAUGCAAGGAACCACUUUACAAAAUAAAAUGCAUUAUUAUUCCCAUACCGUUAUAACAGAGAACCAGUCAAAUUAUGCUACCCUCUGCCUAUUGGGUACUUAGUUUAUUCAAGCCUGUCUGAAAAUACAACACUGCCCCUUUAAGACAAGAAAAAAGCUAUUUACUUGACUCACUUUUCAAAGAUGAUUAGAAAUGCACAUGUGUUGUGUUCUUGUAGGAAGCAAUCACUCCCCCAUUGAAAAUCAUUUAUAACUGGGCUAAUAACUCACUAUCAAAGGGUAUGAACAAAUGUGCACACGUGGCUACAUGUAGCUCUCGCUUAAAUCUCAAAACAAGCACAUCUACUCAUGACCACUCGUGAAUUAUUUCUGCCACCCACAUACAGGAAAACGGUUCCAAAUUAACAUGAUUACGUACUCCAUCACUCAUGUUAUCUACUUGAUUAAAUGUCCAUGUGGGUUGUGUUAUGUAGGUAAAACCUCUCCUUCUCUCAAACAGAAUCAGUGAACAUAAGUUCAAUCAUUAGAAACGACAUGGACAAGACAGCCUACAGGGAGGAGGUGAGGGCUCUCAGAGUGUGAUGUCAGGAGAAUAACCUCAGACUCAACAUCAACAAAACAAAGGAGAUGAUCGUGGACUUCAGGAAACAGUAGAGGGAGCACCCCCCUAUCCACAUCGAUGGGACAGCAGUGGACAAGGUGGACAGUUUUAAGUUCCUCGGCGUACAUAUCACUGACAAACUGAAAUGGUCCACCCAUACAGACAGUGUGGUGAAGAAGGCGCGACAGCGCCUCUUCAACCUCAGGAGGCUGAAGAAAUUUGGCUUGUCACCUAAAACCCUCAAACUUUUACAGAUGCACAAUUGAGAGCAUCCUUUCGGGCUGUAUCACCACCUGGUUCAGCAACUGCACUGCCCACAACCACAGGGCUCUCCAGAGGGUGGUACGGUCUGCACAACCCAUCACUGGGGGAGGUGGAUAUAAAUAAUACUCUGAGCAAAAGAGAAUGUUUUGGGAUUUUCACCCUCCAGAAAGGUCUUAAUGGUGAAAUGACCAUGCAUGUUAUGUUGUAAAUGUGAACAUGAAUUAUUGCCAUCACUUCAGAUUACUCUGACAUUUUUUCUUGCAUUGUACCAAAUGAUUUAUGAAAACUUACUUGUCCUCAUUGUGGUUUUAUAGGCUUGUAUAAUAUGUUUUAUGUACAGACUUUAUUAGAAUAGUUAUGAAAUGCACAUUGUUAUAUUUUGUAACACUUGCUUAUUUUCUCUCGACUCCAACCCCAUUUUAUGCAUUGGACCGAUGUGGAUGGAGCAAUGUCUACAUAAGGGUACAAAUUGUAAACACUCACAAAAGCUCUGAUGAAGGCCUUGAGGCCGAUACGUAAAGCUUAAUUAAUAAAGAGCAGCGAUAC